AAACAUAAAAGUUAUCAUUACAAACAAUGGGUUAGAUACUCUAUAAAAUAGAAAGCAGAUCAUAGAUAUAUAUUUCAUAUCCUUAGUAUAACGCACAGCACUUCUUUCUAGAACACUUCGAAGUUGAAGUGAAUAUCGUAUACUUUACUUGGCUAUCCCAAACCUCAGCCAUGGCUAGUGUCUCACAGCUGAUCUCAGCGGUCGAAAGAAGGCUUGCGGGGAAGGUGGCUCUUGUGACCGGUGGUGCAAGCGGCAUAGGUGAAGCCACUGCAAGACUCUUCUCGAAGCACGGAGCAAACGUUGUGAUAGCUGAUAUUCAAGACAAUCUGGGCCUCUCUCUUUGCAAACACUUAGAAUCCGCUUCCUAUGUCCACUGCGACGUGACAAACGAGAACGACGUCGAAAACGCCGUGAACGCCGCCGUUUCGGAGCACGGCAAACUCGACAUCAUGGUGAACAACGCGGGCAUAAGCGGCCCGAUCAAAGCCAGCAUCCUGGACAACACAAAGUCAGAGUUCGAGGCGGUGAUAAACAUCAACCUAGUCGGCGUGUUUCUCGGGACGAAGCACGCCGCACGUGUGAUGGUCCCUGCGCGAAGAGGAAGCAUAAUCAACACCGCAAGCGUGUGCGGAAGCAUAGGUGGCGUGGCCUCGCACGCGUACACGAGUUCGAAGCACGCGGUGGUGGGGCUGACGAGGAACACCGCGGUGGAGCUUGGACAGUUCGGUGUGAGGGUGAAUUGCGUGUCGCCCUAUCUGGUUGCCACGCCCUUGACUAUGGAUUUCUUCAAGCUUGAUGAGGAGGGAGCUCUUGGCGUUUACUCUAACCUGAAGGAUGCUGUCCUUGAACCCAAGGAUGUGGCAGAAGCUGCGCUUUACUUGGGGAGUGACGCCUCCAAGUAUGUUAGUGGCCACAAUCUUGUGGUUGAUGGAGGCUUUACUAUUGUCAAUACUGGGCUUUGUGUCCUUGGCCAAUCUGUUGUGUGAAAUAUUGUCCGCAUGUCGUUGCCUAAUUGUUGCUGUUGAUGGUUUCAGUGUUUAUGUCAUGCUAGCUUGUAUACGUAUCUAUUGAAUAUUAUCUCAUUUUCAUUUUGGAUA